AUGGAAAGUGGAUCAGCACCGCCGCCAUCCUACCAGGACGCCCCAGAAAUACCAUCCGACAUCUUUCGACCACUACUUGCCAUCGCUCAGCGCCAAUACGAAGCUAGCGAUGUGAAGCAAUAUUACCUCGUCAUGCUCCGGCAUCUCCGCAGAAUGGGUACCAUGAACGCCGAUGCCGCAUACACCAUCUUGAGCCCUGUGUCGGACAGGAAAUCGGCGCUUCCUGGGCUUGACGGAUCACACAUCGUACAAACUCUGGACGACGAGCAAGUCAGCCCAAAGACAAACCUCAUGAACGAAGAGCCUACAUUCGAGCCCUCCUAUGAGCCAGGCCAGAGCGAUCAACUUCACAUCGCCACCUCCGCUCACCACUAUCCAAUUCUGAACGAAGUGUCCCGCCAGAUUGGAGCAGAACUUCCUCCAGCCCUACCUCCACGGCACGACAGCCAGCAGUUUUGCGAAAGUCCGCCACAGGACAUGCUCAUGGUGCUGCCAACGAGCACUGCAGCAUCCGAACACAAUGCUGCGCGAGCAGUGUCUCUUCCAACCCCACCCUUCGGAACUCCACAACAACAGCCAUACCACAACCCAUGGCUUUCUCCGGAGCAAUUUCACGCUUCACAUCAUCUCGGCCAACAGCAGCCGCGCGGCUUCAUGCUACCCUUCACGCAGCCCCCGGCAUCCUACCACGCCAGCAUAGCCAACACCCUCGCCUUCCACCCGCCACCACAACCGCAGCCACAUCCACACUCGCAACCCUAUCCGCAGGACCAACAAAUGUACUCUUCGGAGUCAGAUGGUUUCCUUGGCCCACUCGGCACUAGUUUGGGACUGUCACAGUUUGCGAACAACUUCGCCGAUGAAUUUUAUUCUUCUCCGCUGUUUCCGAUGAUUGAUGUGAUUCCGUCGCGGAAGCGGAGGAAGGCGCUUAUGCAGAAGGGAGUUAGGAGGUUCACUGGGGGGAUACAGAUGGGUGGGCAGGGUGUUUAG